GUCCAAUAGCUUGUUGCUUGAGAUGAGUUUUUGAGGUUCACAUCACCAACAGUCCCGAUAGGAUAGGAUAGCGAUUGAUAAAUGGCAAGCUAGUGAUCUAUUCACUUUUUAACACCGUCUCAAAUUCGACCUUUCCGGCCGUCUCUGCUGUCUCUAUCACAUCUUCCACCACCAACUGCAUCACCUGCAUCGCCUACCUAAGCAUAUACAUGUAUGACUUCGACGACAAUUAUAUGUUCACCGAAACGGCGCAAGCGCAGACUGUAUUAGCUCGGAGAAUAUAUAGUUGCGAAUAAGAACAUCCACACAGUUCGAAAGCACCGAUCUCAUGGCUGGGGCUAAGGGAAACUCGUUGCGCGAUCGCCAAAUCGCAUCUCUUAAAAAGAUCCUCAACCUAAACGAGGUCCUCGACCAAAAAGAUGAAGACGAAUCUCAUGCGAAUGGGCUAGCCCCGGCUGGUCCUAUAUUAACUGCCAAUGGCGAGCCCAUAUGGAAAGUUCUCGUGUUUGACGAUCUCGGCCGCGACGUAAUCAGCAGCGUCAUGAGGGUAAACGACUUGCGAUCCAUGGGUGUCACCAUGCAUAUGCAUCUUUCCGCAUCGCGACAUCCUAUUCCAGAUGUUCCCGCCAUCUAUCUCGUCGAGCCGAACGCAAAGAAUUUAGAAGGCAUAACGAACGACUUGCAGAAAGGCGUAUACUCUCCUGCCUAUAUCAAUUUCCUCUCCUCAAUACCACGUCCCCUUCUCGAGGACUUCGCAUCGCAAACCGCAACGGCGGGUACGGCGGAACACAUCGCACAGCUGUUUGAUCAGUACCUUAAUUUCAUAGUCGCCGAACCGGAUCUAUUUAGCUUGGGGAUGCAAAAAGAGCACACAUACUGGGCUUUGAAUAGCGCGAAGACGAAGGACGAAGAAUUAGACCAUGUUGUCGACAGGAUAGUCAGUGGUUUGUUCAGUGUCGCCGUGACCAUGGGUGUCAUCCCUAUUAUACGAUGUCCCAAAGGGGCUGCUGCCGAAAUGAUCGCUGGCAAGCUUGACCGAAAACUUCGUGACCACAUCCUCAACUCUAAAGACAACCUUUUCUCUAAUACCCGACCCGCCUCAUCUACGGGCACACCUGCCUCUCGCCCUGUCCUCGUUAUCUUAGAUCGAAAUGUCGAUCUUAAUCCUAUGCUAUCGCAUUCUUGGACUUACCAGUCCCUUGUACAUGACGUUCUUAAUAUGAAGCUCAAUAGAAUCACAAUCGAGACACCCGUGGAUGAAGAGAAUCCCGCGAAGGGGGUGACGAAGAAGGCUUACGACCUCACCUCCACGGAUUUCUUCUGGGAGAAGAAUUCCGGCGUUCCCUUCCCCCAAGUUGCGGAAGAUAUCGACGCCGAGCUGAUGCGCUAUAAGGAGGACGCCCAAGAAAUCACCAAAAAAACGGGGGCGUCGUCAUUGGAAGAUCUACAAAACGACACGAGCGCGAGCGCGCAGCAUCUUAAAGCGGCUAUAACACUCCUACCAGAGUUGAGAGAACGAAAAGCUGUGUUAGAUAUGCACAUGAAUAUUCUCGCUUCGGUAUUAAAGGGCAUAAAGGACCGCCAAUUAGACAACUAUUUCCAAAUGGAAGAAGACGUCAUGAAGCAAACGAAAGCUCAGAUCCUCGAAGUCAUCAAGGGCGAUGACAAAGGCAAAGAUUCGUUAGAUAAGCUUCGAUUGUUCAUAAUCUGGUUCUUGAGUACGGAGCAAGAAGUCAAUCGCGCAGAUUGGACUCAGUUUGAGGAGGCGCUCACAGCGGCAGAGGUUGAUACAACCUGCCUUGCCUAUAUUCGACAAGUCCGCGCCACAACAAAAAUGACCCAACUAACCACCAUUGGGCCCUCCCAACCCAACGCCUCGCAAUCCAACUCCACCGACAUAUUCGGCCGCUUCUCCUCCCUCUCCAGCCGGCUCACGGACCGGCUCAAGGAAACCGGCGUAGGCGUUCCCACGAACCUCGCCUCCAACUUCGACAACCUCAUCGGCGGCAUCAAGAACUUCCUCCCCGCGAACCGCGACUUCACCAUCACCAAGAUCGUCGAAUCCAUCAUGGACCCCCAAGCCGCCUCCACCUCCGCCAUCGCCAAGACAGAGAACUACCUCUACUUCGACCCGCGCAGCGCCAACGCCCGCGGCAGCAUGCCGCCCCCGAGCGCCAUCCGCGGCGGCGCCAGCACCCCCGGCGGCAUGCCCGGGGCCUCCGGCGUCCAGGGUCCCGGCACCGGAGCCAGCUUCGGCCAGCGCCGACAGGGGUUCUCCGAGGCCGUCGUGUUCACCGUCGGCGGCGGCAGCAUGGACGAGUACGGCAACCUCCAGGAAUGGGUCCAGCGCACGGGCGAGGCUGGCGGUCGCGCGAAGAAGAGGGUUGUUUAUGGGAGUACGGAGUUGCUUAAUGCGAGGGAGUUUAUUAAGGAGGAGUUGGAGAGGUUGGGGAAGGAGGUGCCUUGAUGGUUUGAUGUCUGUCUAGGUAUUUAUCUGUGCUAAGGGGGUGAUGAAUUGGGGGGUGGGGGUGGAUUAGGUACUCCGGAAAUUUAAAGGAGGACGUGCUAAGUUCGA